UCAGUUUAUCGCCAAACGUCAAACAACAUCAUUGCUUUGAGGGCCGCCUUUAGCAGGCAUAAUCAAAACAGAAACAAGAAGAAGAAAGGGAAUAAUGAUUGCGCAAAUGAGCAAAUUGUGGCGUCCCGCAUCCACUAUUGGACGAUUGGCCAGCAACAGCACUAAGGCAAGUGCCCCGAAAUUCAAUUGGCAGGACCCUCUUAAUCUCGAGAGUCAACUGACCGAAGAAGAAGUGGCCAUACGCGAUGCCUUUCGCGGUUAUUGCCAAUCAGAAUUGCUGCCUCGAGUCAAGAUAGCUAAUCGAUUGGAGCAGUUUGACACAAAGAUAAUGGAAGAGAUUGGCAGCCUUGGUGUUUUGGGUUGCACCCUUAAAGGAUACGGCUGUGCGGGAGUAUCCAGUGUGGCAUAUGGGCUUCUCACCCGGGAGGUCGAGCGAGUCGACUCCGCUUAUCGAUCGGCAGUGAGUGUGCAGAGCUCUUUAGCCAUGGGAGCUAUCUACGACUUCGGAUCUGAGGAGCAUAAGGAACGAUAUUUGCCCCUCAUGGCUCAAGGCAAACUAAUUGGUGCCUUCGGCCUCACCGAGCCCAAUCACGGCAGCGACCCAGCUGGAAUGGAAACACGCGCAAAAUACGACAGCAAAUCUAAGGCUUACAUUCUUAACGGUUCAAAAACCUGGAUCACUAGCGCUCCUAUAGCGGAUGUGCUGAUUGUCUGGGCCAAAUGUGAGGAUGGCAAGCUUCGAGGUUUCAUUGUAGAUCGGAAAAUCUCGGACAAAGGCCUGGACACACCCAAAAUUGAGGGCAAAUUUUCAUUGCGAGCCUCACCAACUGGAAUGAUUCUGAUGGAUGAUGUUCAUGUUCCAGAAGAGAAUUUGCUCCCAAACGCAUUGGGAUUUACCGGACCGUUUACUUGUCUAAAUAAUGCUCGCUAUGGUAUUGCCUGGGGGGCUCUGGGAGCGGCUGAAGCUUGUGUGGAAACUGCGCGUCAGUAUACGUUGGACCGCAAGCAGUUCGGACGUCCGCUCGCCGCGAAUCAGCUAAUUCAAAAGAAAUUGGCUGAUGCCACCACUGAGAUAGCCCUUGGUCUACAAGCCUGCCUGCACGUAGGCCACCUUAAGGACCAGAAGCUGCACACACCCGAAAUGAUAUCACUUCUGAAGCGAAACAACGCUGGAAAGGCUCUGGAUAUUGCAAGACAGAUGCGAGAUAUGCUCGGAGGUAAUGGCAUAAGUGAUGAAUAUCACAUAAUCAGGCACGUUAUGAACCUAGAAUCAGUAAACACCUACGAAGGUACACACGACAUUCACGCCCUAAUUCUGGGACGAGCAAUCACCGGUCUCGCGGCAUUUGCAAACUGAGAGGCGUCUUUAGAUGAAGUAUUUUGUUUGUACGAGAAUAUGCAUUUACUUUUUAUAACUGAAAGUGUUUAAAAUAAAUCAUUGUAGCUACUAUAAAUCAA